AUGAAAGACUUUUAUACAAUAGCUUUAACGGAAUAUAAAAGCUGCAUUAGCGCAAUGGAGGGAUCAUAUUGUGCCAACAUUGCUUUUUGUGCAUUUUUAGUGGCAUUUUAUUCAAUCAUGCACGGCAUAUACAAGCCAUUCAAGCGGCACGCAGAAAUAAGACACUUUGGAUUUCUUCUGGCAAAUAUAAUUUACUUGGUGGCCAUUGUCGUAGGUCUUGAUAGCAAAGGAUUUCUCUUCACGCUGGGAGGGUUUGCAUGCGAAGCAUCGGGAUAUAUAACCAGGAACAGACGCAUGCACAAAUAUUUAUUCAUUUUUUCUGCUAUUUUUAUCUACACUCUAUACAUCUUGCUUCUUGCAGGAGUACACCUCUAUGCUAGCCUAGCUGCAUCCACUGCUCUUUCGGUGGGCGCAUCUUGUCUAUACCCAAAGCUACACGAUGUAUACACAGUAACACACAUACUAAACCGCUCUGUGCUGAUACCUUUGAUCUUCUACAGUAUUGCUAUGUUUUUUACGCACAAAGUUCCCACAAUUGAGUAUAUUGAAAAUGUUUCACUAUUCUUCAUCAGCGGAACAUUCACCAUUCUGCUGGCCCAAGCCAUCCGAAACAAAUAUAAAAAAUCAAUUUAG